UAUACCAUACAUAUAAGGAUUUGGUUUGCUCUCUUAAACGGCGCCAUAUGAAGAUGGGGAGAGAGAAGCAGUACUGGUUGCUGAAGACAGAGCCAGGGGAGUGGUCAUGGGAGGACCAAUCCGCCAACGGCGGCCUGUCGAAGUGGGACGGAGUGAAGAACAAGCAAGCCCAGAAGCACCUCAAGUCCAUGCGCCUCGCUGACCUCUGCCUCUUCUACCACUCCGGCGCCAAGGCCCGUCGCGUCGUCGGCGUCGUUUCCGUCGUCCGAGAAUGGUAUUUGGACGGCGAAGACGGCGGCGCCGUCGACGUGAGGGCGGUGGGGGAGAUGGCGAGGCCGGUGGACUUGAAGGAGAUGAAAGGCGACGCGGGUUUGAAGGGCUUUGGUCUGUUCCGGCAGCCCAGGUUGUCGGUUGUGCCGGUUCCGGCGGAUAUUUGGGACCGCAUUUGCGAGCUUGGGGGUGGAUUCAAAGAGGAGGAUGGCGAUGGCGAUGGCGGUGAAGAUGAUGAAUAGGUGGCUGGAUUUACGUGCUGUGUAAAUAAACGUGUUCACCAGGUGUUUGUGUUUUUGUCCCAGUAAGAAAUCAAAUCGGCAGAAUGCGUGUAAUGUAAUGGCUGUAAUCAAUCGUUUUGGGGUUCUAGAAAUGCAUUCAUGUGCAAUGCUGGGCUGCUUGUUUUGCGCAAAUGUUGGAUCUUUUGACGAAGUUAAUGGUUGAUCUAUCUAUCGUUUGUCUUA